CUCGUUUCAGACUCAUAUGAUAUUGGUUGGCCUGUUGGCCACAGCUUUUUGCGAGGAAGAGAGCACGAAGGGGGCGGAGGCUCGUGGCGAGUCUAGCGUGGAGAAGAAGCAAGAGAAACGAGGCCUCUCUCAUUUCGAGGGUGGCGGUGAUAUCGGCGGUGGCGGCGAUUACGGCGGAGGCCACGAGAUCGCUAUAUCCGGGGGGGAUGGGGGUGGAUACGAAAUCGGUGGUUACGGUGGUGGUGGUGGUGGUGGUGGAUAUGGGGGCGGUUACGAGGAGGGUGGCAAAGUAAAGGAGAUCACGAUCGUGAAGAGCGUGAAAGUACCUUAUCCGGUCGAGAAGAAGGUCCACUACCCCGUUGAAAAGGAGGUACCGUACCCGGUCAAGGUUCCCGUGCCGCAACCCUACCCGGUCGAGAAGAAGAUCCCGGUUCCGGUCAAAGUUCUGGUCAAGGUGCCGGUUCACAUUCCGCAACCGUAUCCGGUAGAGAAGACGAUACCGUACCCUGUCCAAGUACCCGUGGAGAGGCCGGUGCCGUACAAGGUGUACGUGCCCCAACCGUAUCCGGUUGAGAAGAAGGUUCCAUACCCCGUCAAGGUACCAGUACCACAGCCGUACCCCAUCGAGAAGCCAGUACCGUAUCCCGUCAAAGUUGUGGAGCACGUUCCCCAACCGUUCCCUGUCGACAAGCCUGUACCCUACCCCGUCAACGUGCCCAUUGAACGGCCAUACCCUGUCCACGUCCCUAAACCGUAUCCAGUGCCGGUGGAGAAGCCCGUACCUGUGCCCGUAGAGAAGCCUGUGCCUUAUCCAGUCAAGGUGCCCGUCGAGAGACCCGUUGGAGUGCCUGUGGAGAAGCCGGUACCCGUCGAAGUCAAGGUACCCGUACCUGCGCCGUACCCGGUCGAGAAGCCUGUACCGGUGCCCGUAGAAAAGCCUGUACCGUAUGCGGUUAAGGUACCUGUCGAACGGCCGGUACCUGUUCAGGUCACCAAGCCGGUAGCGGUUCCGAUUGCCAAGCCUGUCCCGUAUCCGGUCAAAGUGCCGGUACCCGUGCACGUGCACGAUCACGGAUACGGAGGAGAUUCCGGGGGUUUAGAGGGGGGUUACGAGUCGAGUUACGGCGGUCAUUAGAAGAAUCGGGGGUUGAAUUGUUCUCCGUCUUGGAGAUUAAUUAGAGUUUAUUAUUAUUCGAACGCGACGGGGGUUAUAUUUAUUUCCUAACUGUAAUCAUUUCCCGAGAAAUAUAUGCAUAUUAUAUGCUGUGCCGAAGAUUAAGAGAGAUCAAGAGAGAGAAACGAGAAGGUGGAUGCAGGUUUUUCGAGUGGAGGAUCCUCGUUCUUCGGCCGGUGAUUUAUUUAGAACGUAGUAUUACCCUUUGAUACCUGAGUACCUAAGAAUACGUUAUAUCAUAUAUGUACGAUGUAUUGUACAAAGAUUCACACGAGGCGUUCGAUUAUUAGUAAUUGUUAAUUCGAGCUCGGCUCGAUGGACGCCCGUGUACCAUGUGUCUUUCGCUUCUUUCUAAUAAAACCAAAGA